AUGGAAGAUGCUGACUUUCCAACUGGAUGGGAUUGUGACAAGUCCCAUGAGAAGGACCGUGGUGAUGGAACUAGGAUGCUUCGCUAUGCUUCAACGAAGAUGGAUGUAGAAAGGUUGAAGAAGAUGGCCAGUUCCGUUAGAACUGGUGGGAAGGGUACUAUGAGAAGAAAGAAGAAGGCUGUCCACAAGACUACUACCACAGAUGACAAGAGGCUUCAAAGCACCCUGAAGAGAAUAGGGGUGAAUGCUAUCCCUGCAAUUGAGGAAGUCAACAUCUUUAAGGAUGACGUAGUUAUCCAGUUUUUAAACCCUAAAGUACAAGCAUCUAUUGCUGCCAAUACAUGGGUUGUUAGUGGCUCACCUCAAACAAAGAAGUUGCAGGAUAUUCUCCCUAACAUCAUCCACCAAUUAGGGCCAGAUAACUUGGAAAACCUGAAGAAACUAGCUGAACAGUUUCAGAAGCAGGCACCUGAAGCAGGAGCUGGUGCAACCACAGCACAGGAUGAGGAUGAUGAUGAUGAUGCUGUCCCUGAUCUUGUCCCAGGGGAGACUUUUGAGACAGUUGCUGAAGAGACUAAGUCUUAG